AUGACAGGACUAUCAGAUAUUUUUGACGUUGAUAAAUGCAAAGGAGUUAUUAUCGACUCCCUAAAGAAAGAUAAAUUUAUAGCUCAGGCACAACAACAAGACUUUGCCAAGAAUUUUUUUUCUGAACACAAGACUGCUUUGUUGACGGGAGGAGGUACACUAGCUGGUUUUUUGGCAGGUCCAGCAAUAGUUGGCGGUAUAGUAUAUGCAAUAGGAUUUGGUGGAACUGGUAUUACAGCUGGAUCUACCGCAGCAUGGAUGAUGUCCUUACAUCACGGGACUGUUGCUGCUGGUAGCCUUGUAGCGAUUUUACAAUCAGUUGGCGCUGCUGGUUUGGGUACUGGAGGGAUUAUUGUUUCUAGCGUAGGUAGUAGUUUAUUCACUGGUUUAUUCGCUGGAGCAUUACUUAAAACUUUGGAAUCUAAAGAAGCAUUAGCGAAAUUAGAAAAUUUUGUUUCUAAUCCUGGAAUUGUCAUUUUCAAUCCGCUUCUUACAAAUAAUGGAGCAUUAAAUUCAUUUUGUAGAGGGUGGUUUGAUUCAGCUCGAAAGAUCACUAAUACUAAACGAUUCGAAUUUCAAGUUGUUGAAAAAUGUAUUUAUGGUUCAAAUUCUUUACGUAGUUACUUAAAAAGCACCUAUGAAGCUGAUCAUGUUUCAGUAGAAGGGAGUAGUUGA